AUGCCUCGCCAAUUGCCACCAGAGGAAGGAUGCAGCCCCAAUGCUGCUGGUGAGUCUGCAGAGAGGGCCCGUGAGGUAUUGCAUGCCCUCUCAGAAGUCGUUUUGGAAGCUCAGAAGCGCGGUCUUCCUUUGUCAGAGGCCUACGCGCAUUUCGACCAGAGAGACGAAGGCGUUGUCAGUGUCGACGAUUUGAUGCAGGCUGUGGUAGAGCUGCGUCUGUAUCCGACCAGUGAGCUGUGGAGCGAGCAGGACGCCGAAGAAUGCGUGGUUGCGCUCUCACGAGGCAAAUCUAGAGCCUAUUUUACGAGGGAAGACUUUGUGCGCUAUUUCGCAGCCACGCCUUCGAAGCUCGUAAGUGAUCGAGAUGUUCCUCAAGGCAAAGUAAGUUUGCACGGCCACGAACGCCGUGUACGCUUUCACAAGACAUCCCCGGAGAAAAGAGAUGACCUUCAACACUGGCAGGAUCAAACCACUGCCGCUUUACAUUCCUUGGCCAGCUCUCCACAAAAGAAGAAACAGUUGCGCGUGACGCUACCGGAGUGGGCUCAUGCGCGAAGCAAACGUGCACUCAAAGAGCUGGAGACAAGACGCCGCUCCAAAUCAAAAUCCCAGCCGCCGCUAACUCUAAGCUCAACACCGAACUUCAAUUCUGACAGCUCUCCAUCGGAGCCAACUCCAGAUAGCUUCAGCAAAAACAACGACGUGUUUCACGAUGAUGAGAACAAUGGGCCAAGUGUGCAACCUUCAACAGUUCCACAGCUUGAUAUGAACAAGAAACUCCAGUCAGCAAAGACAGGAGAAAGCCCUGACGAUUCACUCGUGUUCCCGUUAUCAAAUAGAUGGCAGACAUUCCAGGUUGAUGCAGAUACGAUCGUCUCGUACGGAAUCCUCUCACACGACACCAUGCUGACGUCACCAUCAAAAACCAGCACUGAGGCUUGGAAACCACAAGCACAGAUGUCAGCCGAGAGUACAGCAGAAGAGGAAGCAUCGGGGCUUCCGGACAUGACUGCAUUUCGUCUGACAGUCUUCAUCGACGCUUUCCAGCGAUUAGAGACACUGGAGGCUUUCUUUCAUCCCUUGCUCGUCCACUUUCCAAGAGGAAAAAUACUCUUGUGUGGUUUCCCGACGCGUUUAAAGCGCGUUACCACUUGGCAUAACGCUCGUUUUGCCAGCAUCUACUCUAGACUACUUGAGUACGUCAUGGCCCGUUCUCGGGAGUGGCUUGUGCAGCCAAAGUUGGGCAUUGGCGCUGUUCCGCAGUAUCUCGUUGGGUUUGGUACCGGUGGCAGCACAGCUCUACAACUGCUUGGGAUGGAGCUACCGAUGCGGCAAACUAAAGGAGACGGUGGUGGAGUUCUUGGACUUUUUGCACGUUCACUACGUGGCCUUGUGCUUGUUAAUGCAGUGGCGAGCGUCACUGACGUAGAGCGUCGAACACUGCGCUCUCUGCAGAAACUGCUGGAGACAAACUCUAAAGGCAUAUCAAGCACUGGCGACGCUGUGGAGCUGCACGAGGCACUAGCGUCUGCGCUGUUUAGUGACCACUAUCUCUCCCAGGUUGCAACAAGCCGAUCAGCAGCUCUCGAGAGUUUUUUCCGCACGCGGCGUGGUUUUCUCCAAACAAUCGAGAACUUGGCCACAACUAAUGAUUCUACUGUCGACGAUAGAACUAAAACCGGAAAUCUACUUCGGGUUCUGUUGCGUGGUGCUGCCAAGAAUCGAGAUGUCACUGCGGCUAUCGCCAACCUAGCAGCGGUGGUUCCUGCCCCAUUUGCACUGAUCGUAGUCCACGGGUCUCAAAAUGCACUUUUCACGCCUCAUCAAGUUGAAUUGAUGGCGGGAAACACCGGGGUAUCGUCUUCUGCCGGAUUCUCUCAAGUGAACAACGUGUCGGAAGCUUUAGCACUCGGUAACAUCGAUGCUCGACACUUGCACGUGGCUUGGCUCAAAGGUGGUCACGAACUGCUGCAAGAACGAAGUCCCUUCUUUUACGAGUUAUUCAGACAACUCGCCCAUGCAGAAACUUCAUCCCAACAACCAAAUGAUCCGAUCAACUUAUCCACUAGUGAAACCCGUGGCCGUGCGAGUCGUGGUACCAGCGCAAAUCGGAAAAGUAGUGCGAUUUCUUCUACGUCGCGCCAGCCACCGAACUCUGACAACAGCUCUUCGAAUCAAGACGAGACGCUGUCAGUAGAUAAAGAGGAUGGCGGUUCACCUAAUGAACCCCCCUCAAUUAUCCGCCAACGCGUUCUUGAGGAGCUAUCUUCACAUGGGUUAUCGUGGAUUCAGCAAGAGCUAUACGACCGAGGGAUCGAAGGAGCUGGUCCAACUGAAAUCAUCCUCGAACGGUAUGAGCGUGUGCUUGCUCAAGAAGAAGAAUUUGCUCGACAAAAAGAGCGCGAGAAACAACGUAUACUAGCAAAGCACGACGAGAUCGAAGCUCAACGUCGAGCAAAGCAAGAGGAAGCGAACGAGCGUGAACAACGAGCACUUGAAGCACGCCGGUCCAUCCAGAGACGCGAGCGAGAGUCUCAGCAACACUUUUUCAAACAAAUGGAAGCAAAGAAGCUCGAAAACGCGCGAAGGAUACAGGAAAUCGAGAGCAUGGCGCUCGAAGAUCUUCGGUCGCGAAAGGUAGAGCAACUACUCCUCAAUGAUCUCGAACGAAGUGAUCGGAAUCGAGCUGUAGUUCGGCAAAUGGGUGAGCUGGAGGCUGAACGUCAAGAGCAAGUCCGUCGAGAAGCUCAAGUGGAGCUCCAGGCGCUUCGUCUUGAGGAGCAGAAGGCUCAUCGCGAAGCGCUUAAAGCCGCUCAACGCCAGUUCGAGCAGAGCGAGCUCGUAUCAAGUCCCGUGGAGGCCUAUUGGCUGGAUGCUCAUGCCGUCUACGAGCGCUUUGAUGACAUAUCAAGUGGCGCACGUGUAUUAGCCACCGAUCUCGCACACUUUUACGAGAUCAAAGCACUUCAAAUGCGCGAGUCGGCUGAAAAGCGUCUUGAGUUAGACACACUGCAACAUGGUCCUCUUGCUUCGAAGGAGCUCCAAGUCCGCAACUUGGAGCGUGUUCAAGCCAAGGCGCAAAGCACCGGGAUGAUCGCCAAAGCUGGCAUGGGCACCGUUCGCAUUGUGCCUAUCACUCCUGUCGAGAUGCAGACGCUUGGACGGGAUUUGGAUGUCGUGCGCGAUGAACUGGAGCGAUUGCAGAGCGACGCAGCACUGCGACGUAAGGAUCUGACGUGGAAAGACCAGCUUCUGCAGCGUGUGAGCGUCAUCAUUCAGCGCAAUGAACGCUUCCGUCAAGAAGUGCUGGCGAAGCUCUCGCUCUGUGCCGAUAUGGGCAACGAGCGGGUGUUAUCUCUACGCGAGGACAACGAGGCUCUGGAAUUCAAGUGUGACGGGUUCAUCGAACUCCGUGACAAGCUGCAGAUUCGGCAGACUGCAGUACGAGGAGAAUGUGAGCGUGCUCGAGCUGCUACCACCGCGUUCUUCGAUACAAAUCUGCGAGUUGUAGGAGCUCUUCAAAGAGUGCAACGCACAGUCGUCAUUAAAGAGCUGGAGGUUGAGGACGAAGCUCUAACCGAACGCAUCAAAGCUCUUGACGAGCAGGAGAAAGCAGCACAUCUGGCGUUGAAGAAGGGUAGAACCACACUGGAGGAGGUAGCAAAGCGAACAUUCACCUUGGAAGAAAGUCGGCGGAUAUUGGAAGGCACUACAGAAGUCAAAGACGUCGAUACCGACAAAAACAACCAGAAUGAAGUUGCGAAUGGCAAGACCCGGAUGGCUAAACCACAGCAAGGUAUGGCCGAGAGUGUGAGGCACAAGAAACAUGCUGAUCGAUCACCAGAGGAGAAGAACUGGGUGGCAUUGGACUUCCUCCUCAACUUCGCGUACUAUUACAAGAAUGUACCCCCGGAAGAAGUCGAGAUCAUCCAAAAGAGUCCAGACUACCAGCAAUUGAGCAAAACUAAGCUGAGUGUCGAUCAACUCCAGCGUCUGAUGCAGCUUCCAGCUCGCAACUGUCUCGCCUUCGCGUUUUUCAAGUCGUCCGAAGAAAUGGAGGCACAUUAUCUGCUACGUAAGUACACAUUCGGCGAUGGCGAAGAGUACUUUGCUCAGCUCGACCACGACUUUGAAGCUCCUAACGGCAUAGCUGCUCCACGCGCGACUCAGUCUUGUAGCCUUCAAGACAUGCUCUCGGUACUCGAGAAGCUUGCAACGUCUCGUCCAUUGCGUUCUCGUCAGUGUCCAAGAGCACGAUCUGUGUUGCUGGAUGACAAAAUGCCGCCUUUAACGCUGCUCCACGUGCCCCAAAGCCAAAUAUUCCCCCACAAAGGCACCACACACAGCUUCCAGUUGCCUAAGGACACAGAAGGAGUUGCUGUGUUAUCACUCACAGUCUCCAUCGUCUUCCAGGGACAUUUCAAGUCUGUCGGAUAUCAAAACGGGCGACUAGCAGCCAUGCUGUACAUGUUACCUCCAGUGACCGACCCGGAGUCGACGCAGCAAAAGUUUCAAGCCCCGAUUCCUAUCGGAAAAUGCUUGUACGUCGAGGAUCUGGCCCUCUGUUCCCCUCAUAGCAUGGGUCGACUAGUUCUCCGACACGAGCCUCUCGCAAUACCGCUCAGCGCUGCAGCAACGUAUCAAAUUGUAGUGGGCGCACCGGUUUUUACAGCUUAUUCUCUCGAGGUGCACGGACGGACAGCCUUGUUUGCUGACGAAGCACUACGACGGAAACGCGUGGAUGCUUUAAAGAAGCAAGAUCUGCUGCCUCGAAAGCAGGACGAGCUGCAAAAUGUCUUCGUGACGAUUCAGUUGAGCGAGCGCAAGAAGAGAUUAGCUCGUCGACUUGCCACUGAAGCAAAAGACCAAACACGAGUAGCGGAACUGGAGCUGCUGAGGAAUAAUCAAAAGCUUGAACGAGACAAUGCAGAGCCAUCCUUGAGCCACGAAGAGCGCAAAGAGCUGCACGCAGCAAUUCGAACGGCAAACAAGACGUUCACACACUGUUGCUUCUUGUUCUCCAAGCGUGAGGAAGAAGUACGUGACAUCGAACAGAGUCUCCGAGAACUCACCAGAAUCCACGUCGAUGUACUCGAAGAGUGCGAGAAGAUGGAGCAGGUGCUUGCUGAGUACCGCACAAAGCUGCCUCAAAUUGCAGCUCUACUUUCAGGCGACGCAGCAGCAGCCAAACUCGCUCGAGAACUCAACGUGGAAUACGAGAACAAGAAUGGCACAAAGUCAUCCAAAGUACGCUGGGCCGAGUUGUCCGCCAUGAGAGCCAAGCUUCCUUCCAUGAUGACUCCUGCUGAGCGACUGCGACGGAAAUACAAGAAAGGGCGAGACACUCUGGACAAGAAAGAGCGCGAGUGGAUCCUCCUUGAUCGCAUUCUGCAUCCACGAAUGUAUCGAUGGGAGGAAGACAAGCACGGGAGCGCAACCGACGGAGGAUACACGAAAGCUCCUGGAGUUAAUCUCAGGCUGCAUGGCACAUAUCCAAAGCUCUCGAAGGAAGAGGAGCAGCGCGCAGCUUUGUCCCAAAUGGAGCUUGAGCGGAUCAUCAAAGCUCCGUGGAAUUUGCUGGAGCGUAAAGAGAUCCUUAUCCGUAAAAUACUCACGAGAUUUCGAGAUGACCAUGGAAGUAACUCGAAGCGCAGGGCUCCUCCCAAUGACUCGAUGUCGAUGGUAACGCUAUUACGUGCCCAGAAAUCAACCGAAUUGACUCACGAGGAACGUGAAUGGCGCUUGUACGACCAACUGAUGAAUCCGAUGUACUACCCGGUCAACUUCAAACGACUAGCGAAGGAGCUAUCGGGAGCUACUGGUCUUGAAGACGUGACGAUCUCGCCUAAAAUUACGAGGGAGGAUCUGCUCACGGCUAUCAACACUCCAGAGGAGGAGCUGUACAAACUGCCGAGCGAUUUGCUACGAGGACGUACGCUGUUACUCAAGUAUGACCCUCACCUCUCUGUGAACCUCAUCACUGCUGCACGGCUCCAGCAGAGUCAGGACUCCCUAGUAAUGGAUAGCGUCGAGGUAGACGUCGAUGCACGAUGUCGCCUUGUAUUUCAGGAGCUUCAGCGCGCUAUCGCCAAUACGCGGAACGAGUUCAUGGACUCGCAUGUGCUGCACUCGACAUUACAGCGCUUCCCGACUAAAGUAUUGAGACUCGAGCUUGAGAAAGACUUGGACCGCUUGUUGAUCUCGCAGAUCAAAGAAAAAGAAGACUUCGAGCUGGCCAAUUUCCUCUCCAACAAAGAUACCGCUGACAACAACAGAGAUGUUGUGUCUGACUCUGAUAGUGAUGAAGAAGCUGUGAUUGCUCGCGAGAUGGAAGCCCGGCGCAAGGCGAAAGACGGCACCAAACAAGGAUUGAAAGUCCGUGGUAAGGCACUGAAGCAGAAGUCACUGCAGAAGCAACGCCGUGAGAUCAAGAACGCUCUCCAAGGACGCAGUCUUGAGGAGCAGCGUACGCUCCUGCGUGAGCAGGAACUAGGUCCAGGUGGAUGUACUGCUUGCUGGACGAAUCCUUGUGAAUGGAAACCCUUUUUGGAGGAGUCGUACGUGACAAUUCAAGAGCGUAUCGAUGUCAUCCACGAGGAGCUGGAGCGCGUCAAGCAUUGCUCAGAUCUCACGAUUACAUCAAACGUCUGCAUGGCUGCGAUCAAGUCCGGAAACCAGGCUAUCAGGCUGCGUAAGAGCGACUUGUUUGACGAGCUGACUCUGGAGGUGAAAAUUUGGGAGAAGAACUUGCGCUUGAAAGCCGUCGACGAGGAGUUCCACGAAACGUUCCGCUCCAAGAACGAGUUCUUUGAGACGCAAGCAUUGCACGGGUUUCGGCAGAUCCAGCACAAGAACAAAGUGCAGAUAGCACUACAACGUGAGCAUAACGUGCUGGUAGCACAUCUCACGGCGUACGAAGUGGUCGAAGACGUGCUUGAAUCGAUGCUGGAAGGCUGGGUCUUUGGUGAACGCGAGUCCGAGCGACAAUGGAUGCUGCGUCGACGAGAGAUCGACGCUCAACGCGCUCUGGAUCAUGCGGCUGCAAUCACAUUGCAGCGAGCCUACCGUGGUCGUCUUGGCCGCAUCGCAGCCGAAGACCAGCGUGUGGAGCUGGCCGAGUUCAUUUCACAGAUCCGAGCAGAGGAGGCGAUUGCCGAAGAGGAGGAGUACUGGGAGAGCCACAGAAUGGAGCGCUUAGCUCGGGAGGUCGCAGCUUUCGUCAAGAAGGAGGCCUGA